UGCUUUCUGUAAAAUUUUCCUUCCUACUCGGUUUGACAAAAAUAUUUCAUGCAAUCCUCAGUACUGUUGCUUUGGCGCUCCAGAAGCGAUCUACCGAUUUCUUGAUCCAGAAGGCCGCCAUUGCCACCGGUAUUACCGCUUUCCGUUGGUGGUCUUCUCGCUUUCUCCGACGACGUCCCCAUUCCGUCCGAGUCGUUAACCAUGGCUUUCCGGGCACUGCUUCGGCCCCGAGGGCUUGCACUGGGGUGCCGUAGACUCACCUCUUCCGGAGCUCUUUUCGGAAAUUGGGAUCAUAGGCGUCCAUUCUCGGGGGAAUCCUCGUCGGACGCUUCCGCCAAACCUCCGAGGCCCACCCAAAAGCGAAUCGUUUCUUCCUUGAAGGACUCGGAAAUAUCCAAGUUCGCAGCCAUCGCAGAGACCUGGUGGGAUCUUGAAGGGCCAUUUAAGCCAUUGCAUGCUUUGAAUCCAACGAGGAUGUCCUUCAUUCGUUCGGUCCUCUGUCGACAUUUCAGGAAAGAUCCAUGCAACGCUAGACCUUUAGAGGGAUUGCAAAUUCUGGAUGUUGGUUGUGGAGGUGGUAUUGUUUCUGAGCCAUUGGCUCGGAUGGGAGCAACAGUUACAGGGAUUGAUGCAGUGGAGAAGAAUAUCAAAAUAGCAAGCUUUCAUUCGGAAUUGGACCCAGUUACUGCAUCAAUCGAGUACUGUUGUUCGACAGCAGAGCAACUGGUUGAGAAUCAAAGGAAAUUUGAUGCAGUGGUUGCACUUGAGGUGAUAGAACAUGUUGCCGAUCCAGCAGAAUUUUGCAAUUCAUUGGCAAAUCUGACUUUAACCAAUGGAGCAAUGGUGGUAUCAACAAUCAACCGCUCAAUGAGAGCAUAUGCAACAGCUAUUGUUGCAGCAGAAUACAUCCUCCACUGGCUUCCAAAAGGCACACAUCAGUGGACAAGUUUUCUCACUCCUGAAGAACUAGUUUUGCUCUUUCAACGUGCUUCACUAUCUGUAAAGGAAAUGGCUGGGUUCACAUAUAACCCAAUAACUGGUCAAUGGGCUCUUUCUGAUGACGUGAAUGUAAAUUUUAUUGCAUUUGCUACCAAGAACACUAGAUGUAAUGGGCCCUCAUAGCUAAUAAACUUUUCGUAGGCGUAUUUUUUCUUGUU